UCUCUCUCUCUCUCUCUCUCUCUCUCUCUCUCUCUCUCUCUCUCUAUCUCUUCUAUCGUUCCUGUUUCGGUGCACUUUGCGGCUGCACUUUUACAAAUCAUUCACCCAAUUUUUACUAUUCAUCUGUUUGCUAUGGGAAGAGCACCUUGUUGCAACAAAAAUGGUCUCAAAAAGGGUCCUUGGACACCUGAAGAGGAUCUCAUGCUCACCAACUACAUUCAAACUCAUGGACCUGGAAAUUGGCGAACCCUUCCCAAGAAUGCUGGUUUACAACGAUGUGGCAAGAGUUGCCGUCUUCGAUGGACUAAUUACCUUAGACCCGAUAUCAAGAGAGGAAGGUUCUCGUUUGAAGAAGAAGAGACCAUCAUUCAGCUUCACAGUGUCUUGGGAAACAAGUGGUCGGCAAUAGCAGCUAGGUUGCCAGGGAGAACCGACAAUGAAAUAAAGAACUAUUGGAACACUCACAUCAGGAAGAGGUUGCUGCGAAUGGGAAUCGACCCUGUUACACACGCUCCACGCCUUGAUCUUCUUGACAUGUCCUCGAUUCUUAGGUCAGCAAUCGGCAACGUUAAUCCAUCGUUUCUGAAUCUGCAAGGUUUGCUGAGUGCCCAGGCGUUGAUGAACCCAGAGUUUCUGAAGCUCGCUGCCACUGCCACUUUGUUAUCAUUGAAGAAUGAUCACAAUCAGAACCCAUCAAACUUAGUUUCACAAGUUCAACAACAAUUCAAUAACAGUGUAGGGAAUUGUCAAGUGCAAAGCCAGGUUUUCCCUAAUCAGUUUCAGACUCCAACUAAAAGCAACAACGUGAAUAAUGGGAUUUCAAUGUCCCCAGACAAUUCACUUCCUUCCUAUCUCGGUGAGCAUAGUUACCUUAACCCUCAACAAAACCAAGUUGAUUUGCUACAGGACCCGGAAUUGGUACAUUUGUUAAACAGUGCAAACCAAAACAUAGGCUACGAAUCCGUUCUGUCUACGCCUUUGUCUACCCCAACUCCAUUGAAUUCAUCAUCCACUUAUGUGAAUAGCAGCACCGAGGAAGAGAGGGACACGUAUUGCAGCGAUGUAUUCAAGUUAGAAAUUCCAGAGAGUUUGGACAUUAGUGAUUUCUUGUAAAUAUGUGUCAGUUUGUGAUUGCGUUUGUAAACUACUGUUUACUUUGCAUUUAUAUAUUAUUCUUGUCGUUUAAAUCCGUGGGUCAUACAGAAUUUUGUAGUCGAUCGA